AUGGUAGUUUACCUCCCCGACAAGGAUUAUGACUUUCCCAACAUUGAUCUGUUGACGUUGCUCUUCGAGUCGCCCAUUCCCGGAAGCGGCGAGAGCACAGUCCUCCAUGCUGAAGCUGCAGACCCCUCGAAUGCCAUUACCAAAGCUCAGACGCGACUACUUACCCGCCAAAUUGCCUAUAUCCUGCGCACCAAUUUCGGUGUUGGCGCUCAAGGUGCAGGGAAAGAUGUUGUCGUUGGGGUCUCGGGAGGACAAGUUCUCCUCCCCGCUGUCUUCUAUGGUGUUGUGGGCGCUGGUGGUGUCUGGAGCGCAGCUUCGUCGACUGCUACACCCUCCGAGCUGGAGAGACAAAUCCGUCAGGGAAGCAGUCGAUUGAUCAUUUCGGGGCCCGAGUCAAAGGAUGUCGUGUUGAAGGCCGCCAAGGGUGCUGGCAUUCCCGAGAACCACGUGCUUAUCCUGCGGAGUGCUGGCCACGAGCGUGUCCUUCAGAAUGCCGCCACGGGCCAGAACUAUCUCGACGGCUUGAAGCCAUCCGAGGUGUUGGACUGGGAGCGCAUCACGGAUCCCAAGAAGUUGGAGGAUUCACUGAUCUGUUUGUUGUACAGUAGUGGAACCACGGGAGUGCCGAAAGGUGUCAACAUCUCUCACACGAACAUGGUCAUAGAGGCUUUGAUCCCUGUUUAUUUCGACCAAGAGUACGUCGCUCAAAAGAGACAGACAGAUCCCAAUUUUGAAUACCCUUACCGCACGCUUGCCCAUCUGCCCACAGCCCAUGUUGCUGGAUGCCAGGGUUACUUCAUCAACCCUACUGCUGCAGGCGGCACUGUCUUCUGGAUGGAGAAGUUUGAUUUCGCAAAGUUUCUCGAGUACAACAAGAAGUUGGAAAUUACCUUCUUCUUCACCGUGCCCCCAAUCUAUCUGUUAAUCUCGCUUAGCCCCCUUGUCACGGAUCAGUUUAAGACACUUCGCCGUGCCUACUCUGGUGCUGCUCCCAUGGGUGCAGACCUGCAGGCCAAGGCGCAAAAGAAGCUCGGGUGUUUGAUUAACCAGACAUGGGGUCUGAGUGAAACAACUGGUAGUACCACUGGUAUGCACUGGGACAUUGAAGACCUCACCGGCAGUGUCAGCCGCCUCCUUCCGAACAUGCGUUUGCGAAUCGUCGACGAAGAUGGCAAGGAUGUUGAGGAAGGCAAAGAAGGCGAGUUCCUCGUCAAGGGACCCGUCGUAACCAAGGGGUACUAUGGAAACCCACAAGCGACCAAGGAAGCUUUCACCGAGGACGGCUGGUUCAAGUCGGGAGAUAUUGGUGUUCGCCGAGAGGGACUUUUCUAUAUCGUUGAUCGAAAGAAGGAGCUUAUCAAAUACAAGGGCCUCCAAGUGGCACCCGCCGAGCUCGAAGCUCACCUCAUCUCGCACCCUCUCAUCUUUGACGCAGCCGUUAUUGGUGUCCCAGCACCUGAUGGUUCGGGUAACGAGGUGCCCCGCGCAUACAUUGUGGCAGACAAGACGAAGAUUAGCGAGAACCAGGUCAAGGACUUUGUCAAGGACCACCUGGCACACUACAAGCAGCUCCGCGGCGGAGUGGUGUACCUGCAGGCCAUUCCCAAGAGCCCGAGUGGAAAGAUUCUGCGUCGGGAGCUGCGUGAUCUGGUCAAGAAGGAGGCCCAAGGGGCUGCUGCUAAACUGUAA